UGUUCAAGCUGUACACAUAUUUUUGCGGGAAUUUUUAGUUACAUGCUACCCAUUAGGCAGCGUUCGUGUUGUGGUAGCAACGUUUUCUGGCUUGGUUCAGUAGGAUGUUAGUAAUACAAAGACGUCUUUUAUAAGGACCCUUUAUUCAAGGGUGACGCGAAUACUAGUCGAGAGAUGAAGGGCGUGGUGUUUGUAAAUUCAGUUUCCGUGUAAAGUUACAAAAUGCCGUCGAAAUUAACGAUGUUCUUGCUGAUAUUUUUUGGCCUAGUCUUUGUGCUACCUGUAUUUAGUGCCAGAAAUUCUCCGUUGACGAAUGAAUUAAGAAUUCAUGUACAUUUCAUUGACGAAUUCAAACCAAAUAUCAAGAUGAUUAUUAAGGAAACAAUAUCGGUAUUUUCGAAGAUUAUCACAUUAAAGAGCAAGCAAAGGCAUGGAUUCGAUUUUGGAACUACUGGUGGAGAGAGGCUAAGGCCUAGUGGAACAUUUAGGCUAACAAGGGAACGCAAUGCGUGUGGGUUAAUCUAUUCCGGUGGUCGUAAUGUGGGUCGAUGUGCAAGGAUUAACAGAAACUAUAAAGGGGAUUUUUGUGGAUUGGUUCAAAUUCCUGCAGAACAUCUUCUAGGGCUGCCUGUUUAUAAUUACGACGGUACUCUACAUUUAAACAGUUCUCUGUCAGAAGGGAAGGGAUUUAAUGAUGGUACAAAUUUUAUAGUGUACUUGAUUUCUAGGGAAAGUAGCACAUGUUCCAAGUUAUUUGCACAUACUGUUGUGUGCCGAGUGGAAUCCACAUAUCUUGGAGGUGUUAGAAGUGGUCGACCAAUUGCUGGAAGUAUCAACCUGUGUCCUACAGAGUUGGAUAAAGUAUCUGGAAUAUUACUGAAGAGAAUAAUAGCACAUGAAAUGAUACAUCUUUUGGGAUUUAAUUACCAAAGCAUUAUGGAGUAUAUUGAUUGCGAUGAAGAUAGUCUGAUAGAAUCAUUGUCACCUGGUGAUGAUGAUGUUGGGCAGAGGUUAGAUGGAGAUUUGUUUUGUUGGAAAAGAAGAGAUGUGAUACAAGUUGUUGCAAAGAGUCGCUUGGUUAUUAAACUUGGUAGUCUGCAUGAAGCAGCAUUGCACAUUAGAAAUAUAACUUAUGAAUGUUUGCCUUCAAUAGACGGUAAGGAUUGGAUUGGAAGUGCUACAAUGCAGACUGUGCAACAGGGAGAUGAUGAGAUGUCAUUGUAUGAUAGACAUGUGGAUUCAGAGAAAUUUUUCAACUCGUCUGAUAGUGUUAGCGUUGCAGAAACUCGCACAGGGCUUCAUUGGCCUGACAAAAUGUUUUCUUCCAAGGCAUCUUUAAUGUCAGCUGGUGACCUAAGAUCAAAGGAGAUAACUUUUAACCCUCUCACAUUAGUGCUUUUGCAGUCCUCUGGAUGGUAUUCCAUUCACGAAAAUGCUGUUUACUGUGGCAUAUGCUAUUUAAAUGACAAAGCCCCUAAAGUAUGUUUUUCUCAACUGGAAAGUGGGGAAAUGUUGAAUAACAUUAAAGAACCAGAAGAAAGCUUAGCUGUCACUGAAAUGAGGACAGAAAAAGCAAUAGCCGCUCUUAACAUUACUGAUCCAGUGAUAUUUUAUGAGGAAGAGAGUAUUGAAAAUAGAAAACAGAAUACUACUUUGAGCAUUCAAGAAAAAGACACAUUGUGGAAUGGGCAUGGAGUUGAGGCUACUGAUAACCUCAUCACCAGUAUGCAGACGCUUUCUCCAACAUCAGGGUCUUCUAGAUGUGCACAGGAGUUUGCUAUUUUAUAUUUUGCUCCCAUUAUGAGUCUAAUGUUGGAGUGUUUAGGUCACAAUGGCAUUCAGUUUCAUCAUCGUCUGCUCCUGUGAUGGGUUCAGCUAAACCAGCUUAUCUGCCAGAAUCUAGUGAAGAUUUAACUUCACAUGAAAAAACAUUGAAAGAAGUUUUGAAACAUCCUGAUUUUUUCAAAGUUGCUGAACUCUUCACUGUAGAAGAUUUGUUCAAGGCUCGUGUUCAUUUGGGCCAUAAGGAAGGCUCUGUGCACGUCAA